CCUGCGCUAUCGCUAGAAUAGUCCGUCAGUCCCACACCGAACCACCCCACCAACCGUCCCAGUUUAACCCCACACCGGACCCAUCCCCGAUCUAGAUUCCGUCCACCUCCUCUCCUCUCCUUUGCCGCCGGGAUCCCCUCCCGGUUCUUCUCUGGAAUAAGGCGACGGAGUGAGAAGGUAAAGGGGAAGGGGAAGCAGUUUGUGUCGGCGCGGCGGAGCAAUGGUGGACAAGCCGAGCCGGGCACUGGUGCUGUACGCCGCCGGCCACGCGGCGCUGCUCGCUGGGGGCAGAGGGGGGAAGGUCCAGCUCGACGCGUACGCCUCCAUAACCUCAUGCGGCUUCCUCUCCGUCUGCACCCCCGCGGUCAACGGUGAAUUAUGUAGCGGACCCGUUUGGAGAUGCCGAUAUGUGCAGAGAGAGAUGGGUAACCGUGGAGUGGAUCUCGCAGUGGACCGCCGGCCCCCGGCCCCAGGGCUCGUACAUCCAUCCGGCCACCGGCGACCUGCUCGCCGGUGAGUAUGUGCAGCAGCCUGAAGAGGCGCCUGUACGCAGGGGAAGCCACCGGAUCUUGCAGCGCAGCGCAGUUGAGAUCUGGCAGCAGUUCUAAGGACACUAGAAUAAUCGACCGGGCGUUCACUCUGCUGGGAUUUGCAGAGGGGAAUGUCCAGGAUGCGUCCGAAUUCGAUCUGGUGUUUGUGCUUGCCGUAAUGGAGAACACAGCCAGCAAGCUUGGAAAAUUAGGGAUGAAGACAGAUCUCAAUCAGGUUGACAAAUUGGUGGCUUCAGUCAUGGAAGCUGCGCCGGUCGGUUCAGCUGUCGCUGCCCGUAUUCAUGUUUCUGUUAUCUUGAGCUAUGGAUCUGCUACUGCAAAUAAGGAAGAGGCAUGCCUCAUCUUGAACUCUUCAACCGAAACUGAUUCCGAAUUGAAGUUACUCCGUCCACAAAUAACUUUAUUUUGCAUAUCCUGCAGGAAUCAUCAUCCAAUGCUACUGGCACAGUGGCAACAAGGAGUAACACGUUCUGAUUUGGCCAAGGAGUUCUCUUUUGAGGAAUUUAUAAAGGUAUGUGACAGAUUUAUUGCCCGUAAGCUUGCGCAACAGUUUUAUGACAAAGCCCUUGCAUUUGGUCUAAAGGGCUAUGCAAAGCUGCUUGUGCUGGUGACGCUGACGGUCAUCGAGAGGUUCGUGGACUGGAUGGUGUCGUGGCUGCCGAUGGAUUCCUUCGUCCGCUGGUGGUGAGGCACGAGCACGACAUCGAUCGAGGCCUGCUGGAGCUGAGGGUCAGAGCGAGGGACGUGACGGCAUCACAACUCAAGGCGGCGGCCGCCGUCGGUAAGGUGUGGCUCGCAAGGCUGCUCGAUGUGUUUCGUCGCAGCUGCAGGCCACGUGAUCAGGCCGGGCAGGCUUCGCACAUUGACUAGGCACACAACACUAUGUGAUAGGAAUUAUACAUGAGUUUCCGUUAGCUACAAUGAGAAAUUAUGUGAUGGUAGAUAUGAAAAUUGUGUGACAAAAUGGAAUUGCUUCAUUUUUUUAAUUCCUAAUAAGUUACUAG